AUGGCUACAAUCACCACGCAGACAAAAGCCGAAGACACAAUCGAUUUCAAGAAUGGACACAUCACAGUGGAAGAUAUAAUUGCAAGUCCAGCAGAGCCAGACAUUCCACUACCACCCCCAUUAAAGAGCCCCGUCGACAUUUUAGAUGUGGAUAAAGGCACACCAGACAACCAUGUACCUCGCGACCCACGAUUAAUUCGCCUGACGGGUGUACAUCCAUUCAAUGUCGAGCCACCAUUGACAGUUCUAUACAAAGAAGGCUUCCUUACAUCCCCGGAACUAUUCUAUGUGCGAAACCACGGACCAGUGCCCCAGGUGAACGAUGAAGACAUUCCCAACUGGGAGAUCAGCAUUGAAGGGCUAGUGGAGAAGCCCCUAGUCCUCAACUUCCGAGAAAUUCUCCAAAAGUACGACCAAAUCACAGCACCAAUCACACUUGUGUGUGCCGGAAACAGACGAAAAGAACAAAACACAGUUCGCAAGUCGAAGGGUUUCUCAUGGGGCCCGGCGGGUCUAUCAACGGCCCUAUUCACGGGCCCUAUGAUGGCAGAUGUAAUCCGCAGCGCGAGGCCACUUAGGAGUGCGAAGUAUGUUUGUAUGGAAGGCGCUGACAAGUUGCCCAAUGGCUUCUAUGGAACAUCAGUCAAAUUGAACUGGGCUCUGGACCCGAACCGCGGAAUCAUGCUGGCACAUAAAAUGAACGGUGAAGAUCUUCGACCUGAUCAUGGUCGACCUUUGCGGGCAGUUGUGCCUGGUCAGAUUGGUGGACGGAGUGUGAAGUGGUUGAAGAAAUUAAUUUUGACGGAUGCGCCCAGUGAUAACUGGUAUCAUAUUAAUGAUAACCGAGUUCUGCCAACUAUGGUUUCGCCAGAGAUGUCUGCCCAGGAUCGGAAAUGGUGGACUGAUGACCGAUAUGCCAUUUAUGAUCUCAAUGUAAACUCUGUCGCCGCUUAUCCUCAGCACGAAGAGGAGCUUGAUCUAGCCACCGCUGCGCCGACGUAUACUGCCAAAGGGUAUGCGUAUGCUGGUGGAGGGCGGAGGAUCACGAGAGUUGAAAUCUCGCUCGACGGGGGCAAAUGUAAGAAUAUCCACAAUGAAAAUAUCCCAGACUUGAAACAAGCUAACAUCUCUUCGUUGUCCCCAGCCUGGCGACUCGCCGAGAUUGAAUACCCAGAGGACAAAUAUCGAAAUUUCGAAGGCGACCUCUUCGGCGGCAAGGUAGACAUGUGGUGGAGAGAAGCAAGUUUCUGCUGGUCCUUCUGGUCUCUGCAGAUCCCAGUUUCAGACCUGGAAACUAGCGAUGCACUCCUCGUCCGAGCAGUGGAUGAAGCACUCGCGGCCCAACCACGGGAUAUGUACUGGUCCGUCCUGGGUAUGAUGAACAAUCCCUGGUUCCGCAUCACGAUCACUAAGGAAGGGAAUGUUCUCAAAUUCGAACAUCCUACUCAUCCAGCCAGGGCUGGAGGAUGGAUGGAAAAAGUCAAGAAAAUGGGUGGUGAUUUACUCAAUGGUAAUUGGGGUGAGAGAGCCCAAGGUGAGGAGCUUGUUGAGUCCGCGCCUGUCAAGGAGAUCAACAUGAAGAAGGAGGGUGUGAACAGGCAGAUUGAUCUGCAGGAGUUGAAGGGGAAUAGUACCAGUGAGAAACCCUGGUUUGUUGUCAAUGGGGAGGUAUAUGAUGGUACAGAUUUCCUUGAAGGACAUCCCGGAGGUGCUAUUAGUAUCACAUCUUCUGCUGGACUUGAUGUGUCCGAAGACUUCCUUGCAAUCCACAGCGAAACCGCCAAAGCAAUGAUGCCAGACUAUCACGUCGGAACAUUAGACAAAGCGUCCCUCGAAGCACUCAAAAACAACUCAACAUCAGACGCAACCGCGCCACGUCCAGUAUUUCUGCAAUCAAGAGCAUGGUCCAAAAUUAAACUCAGCGAGAAAAAGAAUGUAUCCUGGGAUACGCGAGUCUUCAUCUUCGACCUAGAACACGACAAGCAAACCCUCGGCCUACCAAUCGGUCAACACCUCAUGAUAAAGUUCCCAGAUCCAUCAACGAAGGAAACAGUCAUCAGAUCAUACACACCAAUGUCAGACACAAGCUUAAUCGGAAAGAUGGAGCUACUCGUGAAGAUCUAUUUCCCAACUGGCAAAAUCCCAGGCGGAAAAAUGACAGUAGCCCUCGAUGCCCUCCCCAUCGGAUCAGAGAUCGACUGCAAGGGCCCAACAGGACGAUUCGAGUACCUCGGCUGCGGCCGAGUGAUUAUAAGCGGCAAAGAGCGCCAUCUGCGCUCAUUUAAAAUGAUCUGUGGAGGAACGGGUAUCACGCCCGUCUUCCAGGUUCUGCGCGCCGUCAUGCAGGACAAGGAAGAUCCAACGACGUGUGUUAUUCUCGAUGGAAAUCGGAUGGAAGAGGAUAUUUUAUGUCGAGAGGAUCUUGAUGCUUAUGUUGCGGCUGAUAGUCGGAAGUGUACUGUCGUGCAUACUUUGACUCAGGGUUCUGAUGCCUGGACUGGGCGUCGGGGUCGGAUCUCCGAGGAAUUGCUUGCUGAGUAUGCUGCGCCUGAGGAGCACAGUAUGGUUUUGAUCUGUGGGCCUCGGCCUAUGGAGGAAUCUGCUCGGAAGAUUCUUCUUGAGAAGGGGUGGGCGGAGGAGGAUCUUCAUUUCUUCUAG